AUGGAUGUGUCUGAGUUGUGCAUCCCUGACCCCCUCUGCUACCACAACCAGUUGUUAAACAGAAUGCCCACAGAAGAGCGGCACCUCACCUCCAGCUGUGGGUCAUAUGUAAAGACUGAGCCUUCUAGCCCAUCCUCGUCUUUGGUGGACACCGGCAGCCAUCACAGUCCGAGCGGAAACUCGGACGCAAGUGGCGGCUACAUCAACGGCAGCGGCCGCUCCCACGCCCUGGACUCUCCGCCCAUGUUCAACCCGGUCAUGCUGGGCGCUGGGGGGGCCUGUCUGCGGCGGUACGAGGAGUGUGCGGUGGGUGUGGUGGACGACUCGCCCAUAAAGUGCGAGUACAUGCUCAAUGCCAUUCCCAAGAGGCUGUGUUUGGUGUGUGGGGACAUCGCCUCGGGCUACCAUUACGGCGUGGCCUCCUGUGAGGCCUGCAAAGCUUUCUUCAAAAGAACAAUACAAGGGAAUAUCGAGUACAGCUGUCCAGCCACCAAUGAAUGUGAGAUCACCAAGAGGAGACGCAAAUCGUGCCAGGCCUGCCGCUUCAUGAAGUGUCUCAAAGUCGGUAUGCUCAAAGAAGGCGUUCGCCUGGACCGAGUGCGAGGAGGGCGACAGAAAUACAAAAGGAGGUUGGACGCGGAGAACGGCACCUACCUUGGCCUCAAUAUCCCCCCUCCUGCUAAAAAACCAUUGACAAAGAUCGUGUCUCAUCUCUUGGUGGUGGAGCCGGAGAAAAUCUACGCCAUGCCUGACCCCACCAUGCCUGACGGAGACAUCAAGGCUCUGACCACCCUGUGCGACCUGGCUGACCGUGAGCUGGUGGUCAUCAUCGGCUGGGCUAAACAUAUCCCAGGGUUCUCCACGUUGUCUUUGGCCGAUCAGAUGAGCCUCCUGCAGAGUGCCUGGAUGGAGAUCUUGGUCUUGAGUAUCGUGUAUCGCUCGCUCCAGUGCGACGAGGAAAUAGUCUACGCUGAGGACUACAUGGUGGACGAGGAGCAGGCCAGGAUCUCCGGGCUGCUGGAUCUACACGUGGCCAUUUUGCCGCUGGUCAGACGUUACAAGAAGCUGCGCAUGGAAAAGGAGGAGUUUGUUACGCUCAAAGCCAUCGCGCUCGCCAACUCAGACUCUAUGCACAUAGAGAACAUUGAGGCCGUCCAGAGGCUGCAGGACUCCCUCCAUGAAGCCCUCCAGGAUUUGCAGGCAUCCCAGCACCCAGAGGACCCGCGGCGGGCGGGCAAGUUGCUAAUGACCCUGCCCCUACUCCGGCAGACCGCUACCAAGGCUGUGCAGCACUUUUACAACAUCAAAAUGCAGGGCAAAGUCCCCAUGCACAAACUCUUCCUGGAGAUGCUGGAGGCCAAGGCCUGA